UUCAUUCCGUUAUUGUGCGCCCUGAGGUGUACGCCGCAUCGGAACUGCUUUGACAAACUGUGUAGGCAAGCCUAUUGGUUAAAACGAAUACAAGUUCUGGGCAUAGACGUAUUUAAAUAUGGAGCUUCAUCAACGAGGUUGGUUAGGAUGGGCAACUAUUUUUGCCAUUGCGUUAUCAGUGAACGGUUUGAGCAAACGCGACAUGUUUGAUUAUGGAGAGCAAGCUGGAGACCAACUGUUGGAGCAAGGGACCGACCAAACUCAAAAACUUCUUUUGAAUCAGUCAAUGUUCUUCUUCGAUGGCACAUAUGACACUGUUUAUAUCAACACCAAUGGCUUUCUGUCAGUAGAAGAACCUCAGGUGGAGUCUGAGUACCUGGGAAAGAUGCCUGCCAGCUUCAGAAUGAUAGCGGUUUUCCUCGGAGAUCUGGACAACAGCGACGGAGUGGGGAAGGUGUACUACCGACAGGACAGCAGACCCUCCAUGCUUCUCCGGACCACUGACCACAUCAACCAGGCAUUCCCUCAGGACGAUGAGAUCAAGCCCACCCACGCCUUAAUCAUCACAUGGGAGAACGUGGCCGCCCACGGCGUGCCUGGUCGAGGAGAUGGGCUGGACAGAAAGAGAAACACGUUCCAGCUGGUGGUGGCGUCCAUGGCGUCCGCCUCCUACGCCAUCUUGUUCUACCCCAGGGAGGGGCUACAGUACAUCUCCACGCCUGUGGCGGGCCAGAGCGAGCUAGUCCACACCGGCUUCAUCAAGGGCCGGGUCAAGGGCUGGUUCAACUGGAGCAGCAUCCCGGGGCCCUACUACCGCAUUGCCACCGACAACGAGACGUCCGUCAGACAGCUCUCCGAGGAGACAAACUCAGGCAGGCGUGGUGUGUGGGUGUAUGAGAUCGGCACCUCCCCGAUCUUCUACUCCAUUAUCCCAGGCCAGGUCACCAACCUGUCCCCAGAGGAGGGCAUGGCAGGUGGGCAGAUGGAGUCCGUGCCAGAGUUUCCACCCAGAAACACUGGAGAACAACAGGAGAUUGAAUUCCCUCCCUAUGAGCACGAGGAGGAAGAGGAGACACCUGAACAAGAGCUGCCCCCAACUGUCCACCCGGUGCAGUAUCAGCCCAGAUACCCUGUUGUCCCUGAGCCGCCCCAGCCCAGCUACUCUGAGCCGCCCCAGCCCAGCUACUCUGAGCCGCCCCAGCCCAGCUACUCUGAGCCGCCCCAGCCCAGCUACUCUGAGCCGACCCAGCCCAGCUACCCUGAGCCGACCCAGCCCAGCUACCCUGAGCCGACCCAGCCCAGCUACCUUGAGCCGGACCAGCCCAGCUACCCUGAGCCGGACCAGCCCAGCUACCCUGAGCCGGACCAGCCCAGAUACCCUGAGCCGGACCAGCCCAGAUACCCUGAGCCGGACCAGCCCAGAUACCCUGAGCCGGACCAGCCCAGAUACCCUGAGCCGGACCAGCCCAGAUACCCUGAGCCGGUCCAGCCCAGUUACCUUGAGCCUGUCCAGUCGGCCCAGCCGCAGCCACCACGCUACGAUCCUCAAACCCCACAGGUGGUGGUUGUGGAUGAAGAUGAUGACCUUGAUGUUGACGUGUUUGCGUACAAUUCUGAGACAUGCGCCAGUAACAGGCAGAAGUGCUCGUCCUUCGCUGACUGUAAGGACUACACCAAUGGCUACUGCUGCCAAUGUAGGCCUGGUUUCUAUGGCAAUGGCAAGGAUUGUGUGGCUGAAGGUAAGCCCCAGCGGAUGAACGGCAAAGUGAAUGGCCGGGUGUUUGUGGGCAACACGCCCUCGCCGCUGGAGCUCUCCAACAACGACCUGCACUCGUACGUGGUGGCCAACGAUGGGCGCGCCUACGUGGCCAUCAGUACCAUCCCGGCCGGCCUGGGACCCUCCCUGCAGCCCCUGUCUUCCCUGGGAGGGGUCAUCGGCUGGGCCUUCGCUCUGGAGCAGCCCGGCUAUGAGAACGGCUUCAGCAUCAUCGGUGGCGUGUUCUCCAGGCAGGCCGAGGUGACCUUCUUACCGGGCAACGAGAGGCUGACCAUCAAGCAGGAGUUCAAGGGCAUCGACGAGCACGACCACCUGGUGGUGAGCACCGAGCUGGAGGGCCGUCUCCCUGAGGUCCCACGCGGCUCCACUGUCCAGAUCGACCCCUACAAGGAGAUCUACCAGUAUGGCAGCAACCUGAUCACCUCCUCCUCCAACCGCGACUACACUGUGAGCCUACCGGAUGGCAGUGUCCAGACCAAGGCCUACCAGUGGCGUCAGACCAUCACCUACCAGAGCUGUCCCAAUGACGAGGAGGUCAGGGCCGUGCAGUCUACCCAGCAGCUCAGCGUCGACCAGAUCUUCGUCAUGUACGACUCGGGCAACCAGCUGAUCCGCUACGCUAUGAGCAACAAGAUCGGCUCCAUCCACAGUGGCCCACCAGAGCAGAACCCAUGUUUCACUGGCAGACACGGCUGCGACACCAACGCUGCCUGCAGACCCGGAGAAGGCGUCCAGUUCACCUGCGAGUGUUCCACUGGUUUCACUGGGGACGGACGUCAAUGCUAUGACAUUGACGAGUGCAGAGAGAUGCCCGAGAUCUGUGGUUCUCACGCCUUAUGCAACAACCAACCGGGAACAUUCCGCUGCGAGUGUGUGGACGGUUUCCAGUUCGCCAGCGAUGGCAAGACCUGCGUCGAAGUGGACCGUCCAAUAGACCACUGCCAGAGGGGUACCAAUAACUGCGACAUCCCAGAGAGGGCACGUUGUAGCUACACGGGGGCGUCUGCCUAUAUCUGCUCCUGUCUGUCCGGAUUCGUGGGUGAUGGUUAUACUUGCCGGGACAUUGAAGAGUGUGAGCAAGGUCGCUGUCACCGGGACGCCGUCUGUUAUAACUCUCAGGGCUCCUUCACCUGUCAGUGCCGCCCUGGUUUCCAUGGUGACGGCUUCCAGUGUACUCCUGGCUCCCCGGAGCAUGAGAAGACGCAGUGCGAGCGAGACAGAGAAAGCAUCCAGGUCUCCUCCAACACAGGCUCGUUUUCCUUCUUCCGCCCACGCCCCGCCGUCAGUCAGUACGGUCCUACCUGCGACCAGCAUGGUGCCUACGAGCCCACCCAGUGCCACGGUAGCAUUGGGCAGUGCUGGUGUGUGGACGGCAAUGGUCAGGAGAUUCCCAACACUAGAACUGGCCCCGGCCAAAGACCUUUGUGUAUUGACCGGGGAGUUAUUCCUCCCCCGAUCGGACCCACCACCAGGCCGGAUGUCUCUCCUGUGGCCCCAGGGACCCACCUGCUCUUUGCCCAGAGCGGGAAGAUCGAGCAAAUCCCCCUGGACGGAUACAGCAUGAACAAAGGGGAGGCCAAAGCCCUGCUGCACCUGCCUGACAGAGUGGCGAUCGCUGUGGCCUACGACUGUGUGGAGAAGACGGUGUACUGGACAGACAUCACAGGGCCCUCCAUCAGCAAGGCCAGCCUAGAGGGAGGAGACACCAUCUCUCUUGUCACAACAGACCUGGAGAGCCCAGAGGGUUUGGCUAUCGACCACCUGGCCCGGUUAAUGUUCUGGACGGACUCCAUGAAGGACAGGAUUGAGGUGGCCAAACUGGACGGAAGCCAGCGCCGUGUUCUCUUUGACACCGACCUGGUCAACCCCCGGCCCAUCGUCGCUGACCCCUCCUAUGGACGACUCUACUGGGCAGACUGGAACAGAGACGGGCCCAAGAUCGAGAUGUCCAACAUGGACGGAACCGACAGGACAGUCUUGGUUAAGGACGACCUGGGGCUGCCCAACGGCCUGACAUACGACCCUGAGAGCCAGCAACUAUGCUGGGCCGACGCUGGUACUCGUAAGGUACAGUGUAUGGACCCCAACAGUAGGAACCGUAGGACUAUUGUGGAGGGGAUUCAGUAUCCUUUCGCCAUCGUAUCCCAUGGGAGGAACCUUUACUACACUGACUGGAGAAGGGAGGCGGUGGUAGCCGUGGACCGCACAACGGACAGAGAGACGGACGAGUUUCUGCCACAGAAGCGUUCACGAGUGUACGGCAUUGCCACGACCCCAACUCAAUGCCCACAAGCAUAUAACUACUGCUCGAACAACGGAGGCUGUUCACACCUUUGUCUACCUCGCCGCGGCGGCUUCACCUGCCGGUGCCCAGACGUGGUGGACGGAAGCUGUGUAGAGAGGAAAUUGUGAGGACUGAAGAGAGAUCAGUAGAUUCUCCUGCUAACUGCACAAAAGGAGUUGUGACACGUGUGCCUUCCAACUUCCUCUUUAGAGGAAGAAAGAUAAGCUGCAUCCGGCUGCCUGUUGCUCUGUGGCCCAAAUCCAUUCAGAUCGCUAGGCCUCUAUUGCUCAGUUCCUUGUUGAGUUCCCUCUGGCAGAUCUGAGAGGAUUGGGCAGUUUGUAAGGAUAUGAUAGGGAUCUCUACUGUAGUUCUCUGGUUGGUUAGGUGGAGUUGCUAUCCUAUUGCUUCCACCUAUCUAGUCAUUUGACGUUGUUACUGUGUGUAUUUGAAACCUCACAAAUUAUUUUGGCAUUAUUUUCUGAUCCAUUUGAUAAAAAGUCACAUUGUAUUUUUUUGUAUUGUAAAUAAAUACCUGAAAUAUACAGUUGAAGUCAGAAGUUUACAUACACCUUAGCCAA